GACUCUCCCUUUACCGUCCCUUCGCUUGCGUUUCUCUUUAACCGUCUCCGCUGUAACAGUUUGUCUUUUCUCUCUGCUUUUUUUUUUUAGUUGGAAUCAGUAUUUCUUUGCUUAAGAUUCCGAAUCAGGUUCCGGUUGGAAUUUUAUGAUCGAAAACGAAUCAUUUUUGUUCAAUCCGUUUUAUUCUCAUUUAACAGUUUUGAACUUCAGAACCCGAGUUGAGUUGAGCUGGAUUCUGACUCAGUUUUUCCUUUGCUGAUUUUCAACGGGGUCAGCAGCUGGAAGUCUCUGAAAUGGGAGUUUUCAGAUCCAAAAUAAAAAACUUGAAGGAAAAUUGAAUUAUAAAAUUAAACUCUUACCUUAAAAUCAUUUAAUUCUUGAUUGUUAAUACCAUGGCGAUCGGGAUAUUGAGCUCUGUUUUAGCAAGGUCAGGGACGAUUUUAGGCUCUGAUCACAGCUCAGUAGUUUCAAUGAACUUAUUCGUGGCGCUUCUUUGUGGGUGUAUCGUGAUCGGUCAAUUGCUAGAGGAAAACCGAUGGAUGAACGAGUCCAUUACUGCCCUUGCCAUUGGGUUUUGCACUGGAGUUGUAAUUUUUCUUACAACAGGAGGAAAAAGCUCUCAUCUUUUAGUUUUCAGUGAAGAUUUGUUCUUUAUUUAUUUGCUUCCACCUAUUAUUUUUAAUGCGGGAUUCCAGGUGAAGAAGAAGCAAUUUUUCCGCAACUUUAUGACUAUCAUGCUGUUUGGUGCAGUUGGUACUUUAAUAUCGUUUGGCAUCAUAUCUUUAGGUGCCAUACAAUUUUUUGAGAAAAUGAAUAUUGGUAAUCUCAACAUAGGAGAUUAUCUUGCAAUUGGCGCAAUAUUUUCUGCUACAGAUUCUGUUUGCACUUUGCAAGUGCUUAAUCAGGAUGAGACACCUUUAUUGUACAGUCUGGUUUUUGGGGAGGGAGUUGUCAAUGAUGCCACAUCAGUGGUUCUUUUCAAUGCAAUCCAGAGCUUUGACCUUUCUCACAUCAACUCUACCAUUGCAUUGCAAUUUGUUGGAAACUUUUUGUACUUAUUUACUUUAAGUACUUUGCUGGGAGUUUUGGCUGGACUGCUUAGUGCUUACAUUAUUAAAAAGCUCUAUUUUGGAAGGCAGUCUACUGAUCGCGAGGUUGCUCUUAUGAUACUCAUGGCUUACCUCUCAUAUAUGCUGGCUGAACUUUUCUAUUUAAGUGCAAUUCUCACUGUAUUCUUUUGUGGGAUUGUUAUGUCCCACUACACGUGGCAUAAUGUUACUGAAAAUUCAAGAGUGACAACUAAGCAUGCUUUUGCCACUCUUUCAUUCGUUGCUGAGAUCUUUAUCUUCCUCUACGUUGGAAUGGAUGCCUUGGACAUUGAGAAGUGGAGAGUUAUUAGUGAUAGCCCUGGAAAAUCAGUUGGGGUUAGUGCAAUUCUGUUGGGCUUGAUUCUUGUUGGAAGAGCAGCCUUUGUUUUCCCUUUAUCCUUCAUAUCCAACUUGACUAAGAAAGCUCCAUGUGAGAAAGUUGACUUUAAACAGCAAUUUACCAUUUGGUGGGCUGGUCUUAUGCGUGGUGCUGUCUCAAUGGCACUUUCUUAUAAUCAGUUUACCAGUUUAGGUCAUACUCAGUUGCGAGGGAAUGCAAUGAUGAUAACCAGCACAAUCACAGUUGUUCUUUUCAGCACAGUGGUUUUUGGAUUGAUGACUAAACCAUUAAUUAGAAUCUUGCUUCCUUCCUCAAAACAUCUCAUGAGAAUGCUUUCUUCCGAGCCAACUACUCCUAAAUCAUUCAUAGUGCCGCUUCUUGGCAACAGGAAUGAAUCGGAGGCUGACCAAAGCAACCAUAAUGUACGCCGACCAACCAGCCUAAGAAUGCUGUUGAGCACUCCUUCCACCACCGUGCAUUAUUAUUGGAGAAAAUUCGAUGACACCUUCAUGCGACCUGUCUUUGGAGGAAGGGGUUUCACACGCUUCGUACCUGGAUCACCUACCGAACAAAAUGUUGAUCAAUGGCAAUGAAAAGGAAGUAGCAGCAAAGAUAUACAGGUACCGAAUACUACUAAAUUUAUAAAGUUGUAGGAUAGGGCAAUGAAGCCGGCUUUCCGUGUGAAGUUUUUCAGGUUGAUUAUAACAGCAUUUUGGUCCAGCAUUAGCUGCUUAUUAUUUGAUGGCACUCCUAUAUUGGUUAUUAUCUCUCAAUGUGAUUAUAUUCCUGACAUCGUUUCUGGUUUUUGUAUCUGAU